AUGUUCAUGAAGUGCUUACUAAUUUUUAUCCACCUACUGUGCCUUUUCGAUAUAUCAGAAGCUUGCAGUUGUUCAAAGAUAGAUUACAAGCCAUACUCAAAACGAGUAAGGUUUUUAACAAGAUUACCGAAUUCGAAGAAGAUCCGCAAUCUCGCUUUGAUUGGUUCCUACUCUUCAUUGUCCUACAUGGCCAACCUCGAAGAAUCUCGAGCCCAGGAGCUCACGAUGGACCAGCAGUUAAAAUAUGGAGUGAGAUUUUUUGACAUCGGAGUGAUUCCGAAAUCGAAGUCAUUAGCAGUUUACCUAGAUGAAGAGACACCGUGCAUAGAUUUAGUAGAAGGACUAGAUCCAAUCGAACGCUUUCUUAAAGACAAUCCCGGCGAAAUUGUGAUGGUACAUUUUGCCCAAGUGUUUCCUUUGAGUAUCAACGUUACUAAAGGACUUUGUGAUAUUCUCAAUUCAUUGCGGGAAAAUGGCGUCGGGAAGCGCUUUGUCACUAAUUGGACACUUGAAGACCCCAUUGGAAAACACCGCGGUAAAAUUCUGCUGGCUAGCUUGGACUUUGCCUUCUACGGAUGCGCUUUUAGCUUGAGAAGCGAGUGCAAUAUAAAUUACGAUUUCGUUAACAGAUAUGAAAGUCCAAUCACUGAUUUCAGGGAAAAAUGGGAAAGCAUUAUUAACUUGAUUAGAGCAAGUUUUUCAGGAAUCGAAAAAUGUUACGUUAACAACAUGAGUUUAAUCGAUGGUAAACACAGCCGACGUGCUAUUUCAAAAGAUGGUGGUUAUAAAUAUGAAUAUUCUUGCAUUAAGCCAAUCAAUCAUUUGAUUGCUCAAAAUUUUAAAAAACCGAGUCGUCGACUCGUUAUUGUUUUGAUGGAAUUUUUGACUCAAAAUGCAAUUGAUAAAGUAGGCGACUCUAAUUUUGCCCCCAAUAUAAAAUGGCGUUUUUCGUGA